ACUGACCCGUCCCCAAUACAGGAUGACGCCGGCCUGUAUGGGAGCACCUCACAGGUAACAGUCUUACAGCUGACGUGGGGUGAGAUCUUCGAGCUCGGCUGACAGGGGAUAAGACACUUUAAGACAAGACAGGGGACAUCCUCCCUCUUCAAGACAUCAUGGCGCAGAAGAGAGGCUUCUUCUGUCUUCUCCUGCUCCUUGUAUCGGUGCUGUGUGCAGCGGGACAUGCUCAGGAUCAAGAAGACGAGAAGGAAUGGUUCACCAAGAAUUUCUGCGACGACGGCAAGCACAUGUUGGAGGUAGACUGGGACGGCUCUGACAUUGAGUACACCUGUCCGGGAAUGACGUGGCCUGACCUCUCCAAAAAGGAAGUUGACGUCCCUCCAAUCGAAGAAUGCGACGAAGUGAAGGAUAAGGCGUGGCACUCCUGCAUGGUGGAUGGGCCUAUUGUCUACCCAGACACAAUACCGACAAGUGGAAUGCAUCGUCCUGUCGCGCCUGCGUACGGCGAGUACAGCUACAUCCCGCCGCAGAGAUGGGUGCACGCUCUGGAGCACGGUGCGGCGGUGUUCCUGUACCACCCGUGUGCCAGUCCUGCGCAGGUGGAGAAGCUGAAACGACUGGCUCGCGGCUGUCUCAGGCGUCACAUCAUCACUCCUUACAGGAAGCUCGAACAGACCAGGCCUUUAGCCAUCGUGACUUGGGGCUGUAAGCUGCAGAUGCCGUUCGUGGAUGGUACGGCCGUGAAGUUUGUCCGGGAGCACGCCCUCCGAGCGCCGGAGCGCCGCAUGUGGAUGGACGGCCACUACAAGGAGAAGCUGCUCGUACCGUCAGACGUGGUCCCGGGCUCCGACAUCAACGAUGACCAGCUCUGUGUGGACUUAGUCCUUGAGCAAAUAGAUGGUGAUCUGGACUUCUCUUGAUGUAUGACAGUAGGCGUACUGUAUCCAGUUCUUGUCAGAGCUUUUAACCACCUUGGUGAGAGAGACAACUUGACAUCCUGUAGCUAGCUCCAAGGGGAAAGAAAAACAUCUCCAGACAUUUGAUGGUCAA